UUUAUUCAAGCCACCAUAUGAGAGCAUAAAACGGUGAAUACAUUCACACUUAUAACUUGAAAUCAGUUGGAAGAUCUCACUAUUCUUUUCUCACCAAGUCUAUCCCCAACCCACCAUAAUAAUGUCCACCCCCGUCCCCCCAGGCCACCCCGACUUCGACCCCGCCGAAAACAAACGGCGCAUGGAAGCCGGCGAGCUCUACUACGCCUUCCACCCCGACAUCUCCAGCGCCCGCAGAAAAUGCAUCGCCGCCUGCAACGACUUCAACGCCGUAGGCUCCCGCGCUGACUUCACCCGGCGGCAAAUGGUUGAGCUGUGGAAAAAAAUCAUCUGUGACGACACCCCCAACCCCCCCGUCCUCGCAGACCCCAAACAGGACGAAGCCCAGUUCACCCUCGCCUACCCCUACAUUGACGGCCCCAUCAAAGUCGACAUGGGGUUCAACCUCAAGUUUGGGGAGCAAGUUUACAUCAACUACAACUCCACUUGGCUGGAUACUUGUACUAUCACCGUUGGGUCGAGGACGCUGAUUGGACCGAAUUGCUCGUUUUAUACCGCUACUCACCCGCUUGAUCCGUUUCAGAGGAAUGGACUCAAGGGGCCGGAGGCGGGGAAGCCGAUUGUGAUUGGGGAGGAUUGCUGGUUUGGGGGGAGUGUGACUGUUUUGGGGGGUGUGACUAUUGGAAGGGGGGUUACUGUUGGGGCGGGGAGUGUGGUGACCAAGGAUGUGCCUGAUUUUGUUGUUGUGGUUGGUAACCCGGCGAGGAUUGUGAGGAGGUUGGAUGAGGCGAAGGAAAGGUGGGAGAGGGGCGAAAGGAUCGGGGAGAGUGCGUAAGGUGGUGAUGGUUGAUUGGAAAGCGAAGUAGGAGUAUAGCGUUGGAGUUGGAAGCUGCAUGUGGAUAGACCUUAGGUAGAGGUAUGUUUUGGUUUGGACAUGAUUGUUGCGAUCACGGCUUUUUUGGUUUCUUCCAGGGGACAGACCAAGCCGACUUUGACUUGGGCUCCGUAGUUUUGGUCUCGUCGGUCUUCUUUGCUUCCUCCAUUUUCCUCACUACUUCCUGCUGGAACACCAUCCACUUCGCUUCCAUAUCCUGCUGGCUG